AUGCUUUUCAAGCCCCUAUCACUAUUGCUCUUCGCUUUGGCCCUCUUGCAUUCAGUCGGUGCUGAGGACACGGUCAGCAGCGGCAACUAUCUCAUCCAUCUGUGCAACUCCGGACAGCCUGACUCCGAAGCAUCCAAGCUGCAAGACCUUCUGCCACAGGUGUACAAUGGAUUACAAAAAGUGAUUGCAGACCUCCAGCUGGGCACCGCUUCCACGCAUGGUUACAGCGCGUUUUUCAAGGACGACUCGAGCAAAGCAAAAAUACUGCGAGUUUAUCAGAGAAUGGCCGUUGGUGCUAGUGUCGCGUUGGGCGGCCAAGGCCGCAAUAUCAAUCCCAUCACUAUACGACACCCAACCUUUGUAUGCGCCAACAACGUCCCAGAAACCGACCUCCUCUACCAACACUGCAUGCAUGCGCCAAACAGCCCACUUAUGAGUUGGAUGCAGACUGAGUUGAUGCCUCUCUGUCCGUUGUUUUGGACAAUCAAGAAACAAGCAAGGCUAUCUGAUUGUCCGCUAGUGGUAGCGAAUACUUUAACCCCGAACGAUGAUCGGUUACUCAAAAACCAGGAGGCUCUUCUUGUUGGCAAUCUGGUGCAUCUUUAUCAUCGAGUUUCUGGCGAUAUGGUUGUCACUAUUACGGACGCUUCUGCGCUGAAUGUUUCGGAGUCCCUGAAGCAUCCGCCAAAUUACGCCCUCUACUAUGCAUGUGAGCACUUAACGCCUAUGGAUGCCAGCGCCAGUGAUAAGAGAUGGGCCGGCAGCAAGCUCGGUGAGCGCGAGUUGUCCGCAAAAUACGGGAGGAACAGGAGGGGCGGACGAAGGGAGUGGAGUGAUCAACACAAGGAGAAGGAGGAUGAUCAACUCAGUAGAGGCACGAUUGUAAGCAUUACUUGA